GGAUUUUUUUGUAAUUUUUGGGGAUUUUUCCGUGGCUAUUUCGCGUCCCUUUCUCACUGAGCCCCCUCCCGUGCCGGCAGGCGAGCGGCCCUUCCUGUGCCCGCAGUGCGGCCGCACCUUCGGCGACCCCUCGAGCUUCCGGCGGCACCAGCGCGCGCACCAGGGCGUGAAGCCCUACGGCUGCGGCGACUGCGGCAAGGCCUUCCGGCAGCCGGCCGACCUGGCCGUGCACCGGCGCACGCACACCGGCGAGCGGCCCUGGCGCUGCGGCGACUGCGGCAAGGCCUUCGUGGCCUCCUGGGACCUGAAGCGGCACCGCCUGACGCACUCGGGCGAGCGGCCCUGGCGCUGCGGCGACUGCGGCAAGGGCUUCGGGGAGCGGGCGGCGCUGGGCAAGCACCGGCGCACGCACUCCGGGGAGCGGCCCUUCGCCUGCGCCGCCUGCGGCAAGGGCUUCGGGGGCCUCUCGGGGCUCAGGAAGCACGAGAGGACGCACGGCAGGGAGGGGGGGGGCAACAUGGCCGACGGCAGUAUGGCGGCUGCCGGGGGGAGCAAUAUGGCUGCCAGCACCAAAAUGGCCGACGGCAGUACGGCGGCCGUUGGGGGAAACAAUAUGGCCGACACCAAUAUGGCGGCCGUUGGGGGGAGCAAUAUGGCUGCCAGCACCAAUAUGGCCGACGGCAAUAUGGCGGCUGUUGGGGGCAGCAAGAUGGCUGCCAGCACUAACAUGGCCGACACCAAUAUGGCGGCCGUUGGGGGAAACAAUAUGGCUGCCAGCACCAAUAUGGCCGACAGCAAUAUGGCGGCCAUUGAGGGAAACAAUAUGGCCGGCACCAAUAUGGCUGAUGCCAAUAUGGCUGCCGUUGAGAAAAGCAAUAUGGCUUCCGGCACUAAUAUGGCUGCCAGCACCAAUAUGGCCAAUGCCAAUAUGGCUGACAUUGGGAAAAAGAACAUGGCGGGUGGUAAUAUGGCUGCCGUUGGGGGGAGCAAUAUGGCCGCAGUUCUGGAAAACAAAAUGGCCGACACAAAUAUGGCCGCCACCAACGUGGCAGCCAUGUUGGAAAACAAAAUGGCCGACACCGACAUGGCUGCCGAAUCCAAGAUGGCCGCCGGAACCAACAUGGCCGCCGGAUCCAAGAUGGCGUCGGGGCUCCGCCCCUUUCCCUGCCCCCUCUGUGGGCGGAGCUUCGCCUCGGGGGCGGGGCUGAGGCGGCACCAGCGACGUCACAGCCCCGCCCCCUUCAGCACUUCAUAGGCCCCGCCCCCAGCGCGGGUGGGCGGGGCUUGUUUGGGUGGGCGGGGCUUGUUUGGGGCGUGGUCGGGCUGGCCACUCCCCCCGCGCGGGUCAAUAAACGCUGAGUCAGCAACGGCGGCUGCGGCUGAGUGGGGGAGGGGGGCCCGGAAUCCCCCAAAAUGGACCCAAAAAAUCCCCAAAAUAUCCCAAAAAUCCCCGAAAUU